CUGAUUGGGACACCGCACACUAGCCGCCCUAGCAACGCUUCUAGGAACAUGCAGACGGUGCUAUCCUCGCUGCUCAAGCACCCGCCCUACGCGGCGCUGCUGGGCGGCGCGGGCGAGCGCGACUGUGACUGCGUGCCCUCCAUCCCGCGCCUGCAGCUGCUCGUCGAGAGGGCCUGGCAGCUCGGCUUCGACACGCAGGGUUCAGAACAGUUAGGCUCAAAGUUACACAACACUCGCAAGUGGAUCGGUGCGUGCGAAGUGGUCACGGUACUCUCAUCGCUUAGGAUAAGAUGCCAGCUGAUCGACUUCCACAAGCCGACGGGCGCGGACGGCUCACACCCGGCACUGUUCGACUGGGUGCUUCGCUACUUUCAAGAAGAGCCUAGCGCUUUCAAGGCACCAUUGUACUUGCAGCACCAAGGUCAUUCUAGAACGAUAAUAGGGUAUGAGAAACAUAAAGACGGCAAAGCUACACUUUUAGUUCUGGACCCUUCACAUUCUCCUGCACAGGUGCGUCAAGUGACGUGCGGCAACGCAGCGGCAGGCGCGGCAGCGCUGCGGCUGCUGCGGCGCGGCGCGGGAGCCCUGCGCGCGCGCCAGUACCAGCUGCUCGCCGUCACUGGUGUCAUGGCCGACCACGAGUACGAGGCGAGUAAAGUGCUUCAAUCGGUGCGCAUACCAUAGGGCAGGCGUGUGCCGCGAUGUGCAAAUUUGGACUCUAUGAGCGCCCACACACAGGUCUGUACGGCGAGAAUCGCUUGCACUACAUACACAUGAUAUUUUGUGCGUACCGUUACGUUGUUUUAACUUUAUCAACCAAAAUGAAAAUGUGGGUAAUUUACCAAAAUGAAAAAUUAGAUAUUUACUAUUUAUUUAUGAAAUACCAAGUUAAAUUAUGU